CUUCUUAUCCAGCUAGUUUGUUGUAUGGCUAUUUUUUAUGGAGGUAUUCCACAUUCAGUUUUAGCUAUGAUACGAGAGCAGAGCAUUAAAUUGAACCUCUUCGGAAAAAUGAAGAUCUUUGAAGAAUCGUUCAGGAUUUUCAUCUCCAAAGACCUUCUCAGGAAACGCAACUAAGUUGAAAACACUUUAUAAAUGCAGGAAAUGGAGUUUAAAUUUAGCUGGGCAAAUCGAAAUGUUCUCAAAGGCUGAUGUUUAUAUGAAUAACUACAAACAUUUCCAUCAUACAAUGGCAUUGCUCUGCAGUACCUAUUUCAAUCUUGCAGCGUUAUGUAGAGAGGGUUGGGUGAAGGAGGUUGUUACAACAGAGAACCCCACUGUUAACUUUUCUUUACAUAUUCAACUAUUGUUCGUCUGCAUUGCCAGCAAUGCAGCUUUCAGAAGGGUUUUUGACGACAUGAAAGAACGAGAUGGCUUCUCAUGGAAUGUAAUCAUCGCAGUUUACCAAAAAAAAGGGCAUUUUUUUGACGCUCUGGCACUGUUUCAACAAAUGAAAAGAUCAGAUGUUCAACCAGAUCACUUCACGUUUUCCAGCGUACUCCCAGCCUGUGCCAAAACAGGAGCUUUGGAACAGGGUAUCGAUAUCCAUCAGAGUGUAACUGAAAGUGGAUUUUUAUCAGAUGUUGUAGUUGCAAGUUCUCUGGUAGAUAUGUAUGCGAAAUGUGGAAGGAUGGAUAAGGCGCGCCAGCUGUUUGACAAAAUGUCGCGACCGGAUGUGGUUUCCUGGAAUGCCAUGAUUGCAGGAUAUGCACUAAAUGGGUUUGUUAAAAAGGCCUUGGAUAUUUUCAAGCGAAUGCAAUUGGCUGGUGUAAAGCCAAAUUCCACAACCUUUGCCAGCAUCCUCCCAGCGUGCGCCAAAGUGGGAGCUUUAGAACAGGGCAUGGACAUCCAUCAAAGUAUAAUUGAAAGCCGAUUGCAGUCUGAUGUUGUUGUGAUGAGUGCCCUGGUAGACAUGUAUGCGAAAUGUGGAAGGAUAGAGGAAGCGCGGGCUCUGUUUGACAAAAUGUCUCUGCGAGAUGCAGUCUCAUGGAAUGCUAUGAUUGUGGGAUAUGCACGAAAUAGGAUUCUUGAAAAGGCUUUGAAGACUUUUAAGCAAAUGCAAUUGGCAGGUGUAAAGCCAAUUUCCACAACCUUUUCCAGCGUCCUCCCAGUCUGUGCCAAAAUGGGAGCUUUGGAACAGGGAAUGGACAUCCAUCAAAGCAUAAUCAAAAUUGGACUUUUGUCCGAUAUACCAGUUGCGAAUGCCCUGAUAGAUAUGUAUGCAAAGUGUGGAAGCAUAAAUAAGGCAUCUGAUCUGUUUGACAAAAUGUUUCAACGAGAUGUGGUCUCGUGGAAUGCGAUGACUGCAGGAUAUUCACAAAAUGGGCUUGUUGAAAAAGCCUUGGAGACUUUUAAGCAAAUGCAGUUGUCGUGUGCAAUCCCAGAUUCCACAACUUUUGCCAGCAUUCUACCAGCCUGUGCCAAAAUGGGAGCUUUAGAACAGGGUAUAGACAUCCAUCAUACAAUAAUUGGAAGUGGCUUGCUGUCGGACGUUGUAGUUGUAAGUGCCCUGGUUGACAUGUAUGCAAAAUGUGGAAGCAUACAGAAGGCACGUGAACUUUUUGAUAAAAUGCCUCAACGAGAUGUGGUCUCAUGGAAUUCCAUGAUUGCGGGAUAUGCACAAAAUGGCUUGUGCAAGGAUGCUCUCAAACUCUUUGAACUAAUGGAGCACUCUGGAACCUACCCUAACCAUGUGAGUUUUGCUUGUGUUUUAUUUGCAUGUAGCCAUGCAGGUUUGGUGAAUGAGGGUUGUAAAUACUUCAAUGGCAUGAGUGACACUUAUUGCAUCAUGCCUACAUUCGAUCAUUAUUUGUGCAUGGUUGAUCUUCUUGGCCGUGCUGGCUAUCUUGAGGAAACUCUAAACUUUAUCUUUAAAAUGCCAAUCAAACCUAUUAUGGUUUUAUGGAUGUGUUUGCUUGGUGCCUGCAGCUCACAUGAGAAUAUGAGUGUAGGUGUAUAUACAGCAACUCUCCUUUUUGACCUGGAUCCUAAAAAUGUAGCAACUUAUGUUCAUCUGUCAAACAUCUAUGCAAAGGCUGGCAGGUGGAGUGAGGCUCAAAUGGUAAGGAGAUUGAUGAAAGAUGCAGGAAUAAAUAAGAUACCUGGAUGUAGUUGGAUUGAAGUUGAUAAAAUGGUAUAUGCUUUUUGUGUGGGGGACAGAUCACACCCACAGACACAGGAGAUCUAUGCCAAGUUGGAUACAUUGUAUUGUGAGAUGAAGGCAUCAGGGUAUCUGCCAGAUUCAGGACAAAUACCGAUUAAUGUGGAAGAGGAGGAAAAAGAAUUAUUUCUCUGCCAUCAUAGUGAGAAGCUGGCAAUUGCUUUUGGAUUGUUAAAUACAGCCCCGGGAACUACUAUCAGAGUCGUCAAGAAUCUUAGAGUAUGCGUUGACUGCCACACUGUAACCAAGUUUAUCUCCAAGAUUGUUGGAAGACAAAUUGUUGUGAGAGAUGCAAACCGGUUCCAUCAUUUCAAACAAGGACAAUGUUCCUGCAGAGAUUACUGGUGAUGUAAAGUGAAACAAUCUGUAAACAUAGGCUUGCACAUUAACACACUUGCAGUGUCUCAUACCUGCACUGAUAAGAAGGGAUCAAGUUUUUUUAUGGAGGAUUAUUCAUCUUCCUGAGUUAAGAGUCAAGGAUUGAGAGGUGUCUAUUCUGUUAAAUUCGUUUGGGGCAAUGAUCCCAGCCUCAUCUCUCAUGAUGUGACUUGAUCUUUGGUGAGCUCAUAAGAACCUUUCAACUUCACCAACAGACCAAAGAACCCAUUAACGAAGAGAUCAAAUUUUAUCUUCUAACUUCUAUAAAGUUUUCUCUGUCAUACCAGCUUUCAUUGCUUAUUAUGGUUAGGGUGUGGCUCAUUUCUCCAGCAAUUUAAAGAUGUAAACCAUGCUUUUCACUUCAUAACAGUAAAUGCCUAGUUCGCGAUUUGCAUCAGUGCCUUUGUAUGAUAAUUGGGUAUUUGUUAAAGCCCUGGUUUAUAAUACCAUGGAGGUGUAACAAUAUUGAACCAUAUUUUAGGAACCUCGACCAUCUCUUGAAGGAAAAGAAAGAGGAGAUGGGAAUGGAUAAAGGAGAACAUGAAAGGAACAGUUCAAGAAAAUGGAAAUAUCUGUGGCCAGCAGGAAAUGUAAAAACAAGGGCUACAAUUAAUUUAAUGGAUAGAGCAUCUCUUGAUAGUGCUUUACUCCAACCUUUUGACAAUUUGUAUGAUCCUUUUGUCUGCAUUAACCUUUUUUAUCGUGCCAAUGUCAAGUCUGCCAUUUGGGGUUAAGUUUAAAUCAUGUGCUCCAGAUUAAGGAUGCCAAUUUGUAUAGG